AGGGGUGGAAGGCAGCAGUCGAGGGACCCUUGACCCACACAUAUGAUUCGCUCCCGACAUUCCUGCAACAAAUGCGAGCUCCUGAAUUAUUGAUGAUGUGAACCUUUCGGUGGAACCGAUGGGACACUACGAUAAUGGGGUCAAGGCACAGAGCACAUUAUGGUUAUGACAUUUUUAGUCAUUAUGCAUAUGCCGGAAUUAAAUCGCGGUAACCAUACAACCGUGGUUGGGAAUGGUUCAAUCCACAAAGAAAUAUAUGAAGAAAUCAUAUAAACCCUUAUUUCCAAUCUAAAUUAUUGCUUUUUUUUAAAAGAGAAUUCCUAAAAAUUUCACAAAAAAAUAUUAGAAUUUACAAAUUUUACUGAUGGCACUCUCUAUUUUUGACAAUAUUGUACUUUUAAGAAUUUCGUUGUUCAGUAAACCUUAAGUUAAGAUCGAUCAUUUCAUAUAAAGAUCCAAAAAUAGCAUUUUCUUUUAAAAAUAUUUUGUUAAAUAAGUAAAUACUUAUGUAAAUACAUGUGAUUAAAGUAUAAUGUUGAAAGUUGGGUUUUUUAUAUUAAAAGCUUAUCCUUAUCAACAUUUUAACUAUAUCAAUUCUUUGUUGUACAGUCUGAUAACUCAUAAACAGAUUAUGGAUUUCAAUAGCAAUCAAAGGUAGACUGUCAAGUUUACAUUCUUUAUGAGCCGUCGAAAUGCUUAGACUGAAGGAACGUCGUCACUUGUUUCUGCACCAUGUGCUCAUCCUUCUCGUAAUCCUUCUGCUAACAGGCCGCAGUUUGGCCAUAGUUUGCUAUCACUGCGAUUCCAUUGCCCUGCCUGAAUGUUCCCAGACCCUUGGAGAGGUGGGGCUUCUUCCUUACAAGGAGUGUCCCACUGAACUGUCGUGUCGUGUGUCUAUUGUGGACUCUAUCACAUAUCGCGGCUGCGGAGCAGAAACCCCCAUUACCGGAUCGACCUACACAAAGUCUUGCACCGCAAACCUGUGUAAUGGUGGUGUCUAUCCUCCAGGACGACUCAAAUGUCAUCACUGCGCUGGACAGGAAUGCGUGGCAGCGCCGGGGGCAAAACCCAAGCCCUGUCGCUAUCACUUCGAAGAGGAUCAGUGCUACACGGAUGUUUUAAGUUCUUCUGAAGCUUACAGGGGCUGUGUUUCCGAGCAGAAUCACACGCUGUCCAGUGCAGCAAAGCUGUGUGACAUCAAUGGCUGCAAUGAGGAUCAGGGAGCUUGGACACAAGUCUGCGCCACCUGCGAUUCUGCAGAAGGCAGGGGCUGCAAAAUGGAUCUCUUUCAGAUCAACACCGGCAGGUGUAACGUGACGUUGUACGAGGAAUGCCAACAAGAAGUGCUAUUGGGCGAGCAAGAGGACAAGUACUGCUUCAGUUUCCGAAAACUAAGCCGGGUGGUCAGAGGCUGCUCCACAAAAAUGCCAGCAGAUCUGGUACCGUUCUUGGAGGAACUGGAAAAGUGUAGAACCAGUGACAACUGCAAUGCAGGUUGCAUUACCCGGCAGAGAUGUUUAGACUGUAACUCCCUGGAUCAGGAACUUUGCAGGACGAAUGUUACCGCUAUAAGUGCCAGCACUUGUGGCUCCGCUGAGGCCUCCUCCUGCUUCUCAUGUGAGUAUUCCAACUGGAGCUUGCAAAGAGGCUGUGGAGCACCACCCACUAAUCCCGAUGUCGUCAAGUGCUACGAGUGCGAUGAAGAAGGUGGAUGCAAUAAUAAGGAUUUCACCCGCUGCUACCAAUGCAGCACGGAUCAAGCGGGAGCAGGCUGUGCGAAUUGGGAAAGACCAGGUGAAAUAUUCAUCGAGGAAUGCGUUGAGCCAGCCACAUCGUGUAUGGUGGUUUCCUUUAACAACGGCACCACUGCAAGAGGCUGUCAAAAACCGGAUCUCAGCUGUACAUCCGCCAAUGUGGCCAAUUGUCUUCCCUGCCAGGGAAGCUUUUGUAACAAAGGAGCCUUUCCGGAGGAGCGCCUCUGGUGCCACCAGUGUACAGGGGUAGGGGAUUGUGAGGAGAUCUCCAGGGGGCAAACUGCUCUUCCUUGUCCUGUUCAAGCAAAUGAACCAGAAGAUCAAAAAGUGGCAUGCUUGGAGUACUUUGACACCCACACUAAGCAGGUUGUGAGAGGAUGUCGAUCCAAUUCGGAGCUGUACUAUGAAUGCCUCUUAAGGAGUAACCAACAUGAUAGUUGUCGCAUUUGUCACAGUCAGGCCUGCAAUAAUAGUACUGGAAAGGAGUUGAGAGCGAGUUAUGAGCUAGAGACCAAGGCAAUGGCAUUGCUGGAAGCCAGAAGUUCUUCAAAAUCUUUAGAGUAUACUAAAGUGGGUUUAGGAAUUUGCUUGUUCCUAAGCGUACGUAACUUGUAGGAUCAGAUCCUAUAUA